AUGACGACGGAAACGCUGUCGCGCGAAGUGGACGCGCACAUCGUGACCCUGCUCACGAGGAUCUCCGCGCUGAAGGAGAAUAACCCGGAGCUGAUUGAACGGAAACCAUCGGUGUCGAUCGAGGCACGCAGUUUGGAACUCUGGAGAGCGGUCGCCGUCGAGUGUUUCGCGACAUUUCUGUUCAGUCUGGUGGUUUCCGGCGCGGCUGCGUCCUCCGCAGUCUCUGGUAGCGGACUGUCUAUCUUGGCAACUGCUGUCGCAUCUGGAUUCGCUAUUGCUGCGAUUUCUCUCAUCUUUGGGCACAUCAGUGGUGGCCACGUGAAUCCAGCUGUCUCGGUGUCUUUCGCUCUCUGCCGACGGAUUUCUCUGCUCCGCGCUGCUCUCUACGUCGCUGCACAAUGCGGAGGUGGAAUAGCCGGCGCAGCGAUGCUCUAUGGAGUGACUACGCCGUCCAAUACACAAACAUUAACGUCUCCCGGCCGUCUUGGCGGGGCGAUCGAAAGACUCCUAGUGGAACUGGCUCUAUCGGUACUGAUCGUUUUGGCUCAUUUCACCGCGGAAUCCUCCAAGUCGCUGCCGAUGUCGGUCUCCUCGAAACCAGCAGGCGUGUUGGCCGCAGCGUACACAGCGGCCACUUUAGUUUCGAGUCCAUUCCUAAAUCCGGCUCGAGCUCUUGGGCCAGCGUUCGUCAGCAACCGAUGGGACAACCAUUGGGUGUACUGGGUCGGUCCAUUGUCCGGCAGCGCGGUCGCUGCUCUGCUCCACGAGUACGUGUUGAACCCGAAACGUUCCAGGGACCCGCGUGAAAUCGACGACGGUGACAAUUCGUCGUUGAGAUCCGACGAGGACACGUACGACGAUCUGGACAAACCGACCGGGCCGAAGUUCCCGAGCGCGUACGCGACGUAUCGUCCAGUCGCAGCAGGAGCGUCCUCCUCGAUUUACAGCGCUCCGCCAACCGCUCUGGAACGCGUCGAGUCGAUCUACGGCGGGACCAAGUCGUUGUAUUGCAAAUCGCCGCCGUUGACCAGGGCGAACCUGAAUCGCUCGCAAAGCGUGUACGCGAAGUCUACCACCGGGACGAAAGACGGCCUGAUGAUCCCGAAACCAGGCCCCCUCGUUCCCGCCCAGAGCCUCUACCCGAUUCGAAUAGGUCAAACGGGUACGCAGACCACGCGGGAGGGUCAACCGUCGAGCGGACCGAGCGGGCCCAGCCCGAACACGCAGAAUCACAAUAGUACGAACCAGAACAUGCAAAAUCAACUGCAACAGUGCACCCAGAGUAUCUAUGGGAUCCGUGGGAUCUCCACUAGUCUAAGCACCCGGGAGAACGGGAUUUAUGGCGUGUCCACGGGCUCCAGUAUAUACGGGCGUGCUCCAGCUCCUCCUCCGAGUGGUAAUCAAAGCUCCCCCUCGGGACCAACCGUCCAAACCACGGGACAGACUCAUCAUCAGCAACAGCAGCAACCGCAACAACAACAACAACAGCCGCCGCAGCAACAACCACAGAUGACCACCAACUCUGAAAAUACGACCACUACAAGGAGACCGGAAAGCAUGUACGGUCACAUUUCUAGGCGUAGCGAUGAUUCCGCGUACGGUAGCUAUCAGGGCUCCACCAGAGGGAACUACGGAAAGGUACCUGGCCCUCCACCAGGUCCCCCGCAGUAUCGUGACCAAGGCAGACCCAGUCCAGCCGGACCCCUGCAGCAGAGCCAGCAGAACUUCCAAAGGAAUUCGCCCAAUCCUCAAUAUUGA